AUGGUCCCCCACCAGUCUCAAAAAUGGUAUCACCGCUGGGCCUGGUACGAACCGGGCAUGUCAAAGGCAGAGAAACUCCUGUUGUUCAAGUUGGAUUUGAUGAUUUUGACCUUUGGUUGCUUGACAUUCUUUACCAAGUUUCUUGAUCUUCAAGCUUUCCAAAAUGCCUAUGUCACGGGCAUGAAGGAGACGACACACAUGGAGGGUAAUGAUCUACAGUAUACGACGGGUGUUUUUCAAGCUGGCUACUGUUUGGCCAUGAUCCCUUCAAAUCUCUUGCUCACACGUGUCCCCCCGAACAUCCUCAUCCCGUCAUUUGAAUUGGUCUGGGGUGUUUUGACCCUGCUUACGGCCUUUGUUAAAGACGUCAAGCACGUGUACAUUGUGCGAUUCUUUAGUGGCAUUUUUGAAUGUGUUGCAUAUCCAGGCGUCAUUUAUUGCAUUGGCUGCUGGUACAAACGUUCAGAGAUUUCUCGUCGCCUCAGCCUUUUCUAUAUCUCUGGACCUCUUGGUACCAUGUUUGCUGGCUAUUUUCAGGCUGCGUGUUACUCUCAUCUCAAUGGCAAAAACGGUCUUGAGGGCUGGAGUUGGCUCUUUAUUGUUUGCGGAUGCAUCACCUUGCCUGUUGCUAUCUUCGGUGCCAUUGUCUUUCCAGCCCGCCCGGAUUCAGCGAGGCCGAGCUGGUGGCUCACGGCGGACCAGAUUGAUCUGGCGCGUAGCCGAAUGGCAUUGGACGGAAAUAAUGCGCCCAAGGUCAAAUUGAGCGGAGCGGCCAUUGCAAAGACAUUCAAAUCGUGGCGGUGGUAUGCUUUUGUGCUGCUCUACAUUGUCUUCAACCAGGCAAUGAUUACCAACGGUCAACCUUUCAGUCUGUAUCUGAAGGCACACAACCAUGUCUAUUCGGAAACGCAGAUCAACGAUCUACCCACUGGACAGAGCGCCAUAUCCAUUAUUACUGCGCUCAUUGCUUGCUACUGGGCUGACGCGUCCGGGCUUCGCUGGCUCCCUUCUUUUUGCAUCUGCAUUUGCAUGACUGUUGGCUCCAUAUGCAUGGCGGUCUGGCAUAUUCCCGUCGGACUCAAAUUUUUCGCCUUUUAUAUUGCCGGAAUGGGAGGUGCCCUGAAUCCGCUUUUCAUGUCUUGGUCAUCCGAAGUCACAAUCAACUCCGCCGAGGAACGAGCUAUUGUCAUUGCCAGCAUGAAUGCUUUCGGUCAAGCAUUGCUUGCCGGUCUCAACAUUGUAACCUUUCCCACGCCCAAAGCUCCUCGCUUCGAGUUUGGAUGGUACUGGGUCAUGGCCAACAAUAUUGCUCAAAUUUUCCUGGUUGUGGGCAUCCAGUUCCUCUACCGGCGCGAUAAGCAAAAGAUUCAAAUCAUAGAAGGAACAGAUAGUCCUGCUGGAGAUGACUACGAACGUUCGGUCGAAAUCACCACCAAAAAGGACAUUGAGCCGUAA